AUGAAGUCCACUCUCGCCCUGCUCGCCGUGGCGGCCUCGUGCGCUUCUGUCCACGCCCAUGCAGGCCAUGCCCAUCAUCAACACAUGCACUUCCACGAGAAGCGCGUGCCCAACCCCACCGUCGACAUCGUCCCCGGCCCGACCGUCACCUCGUACGUCCUCAACGGCUUGCCCAUCUCUGUGCAAGAGGUUCGUGAGGGCAUCGCGAACGGCACUCUCGUCUGGGCAAACGGUGCUCCUGCCGUGGUAGCGCAACCCUCGUCAUACCCAGCCUCCACUGCAUCCCCCACUUCCGUGUGGUCGUCGUCGACGUCGUCGUGGUCCUCACCCUCCGCCGCCUGGAGUCCUCCUGCGUCACAGCAGUCUAGUGCGCCGUCCAGCGGUGGCGGUAGUGGCGUCGACACCCCCUUCCCCAGCGGUCAACUCAGCUGCGACACCUUCCCCUCCGACUACGGCGCUGUCCCGGCCCCCUGGCUCGGAUUGGGCGGUUGGACUGGCAUCCAAAACCCCGGCUCGAACAACGGUGGCUUUAGCGACAUUGAAACCCUCACCAGCGGCGGCUCGUGUGGCGAAGGCAUGUUCUGUUCCUACGCAUGUCCCCCUGGCUACCAGAAGUCCCAGUGGCCCAGCACCCAAGGCGCUACUGGCCAGUCGGUUGGUGGUAUUCAGUGUUCCAAUGGCAAGCUCGAAUUGACCAACCCCGGUCUCGCCAACACUCUGUGCAUCUCAGGCGACUCCCCCGUCAACGUACAGGUGCAGAACACCUUGGGCCAGAGCGUUGCAGUGUGUCGCACUGAUUACCCCGGCACGGAAAGCGAGACCAUCGCACUGAACUGCCCCGCUGGCGGAACCCAACCGCUCACCUGCCCCAAUGCAGCCACCUACUACACUUGGCAGGGCGCCCACACCUCUGCGCAGUACUACGUCAACCCCGCCGGUGUGUCUGUCAGCGACGCCUGCACGUGGGGCUCCUCUGCCAACCCGUGGGGCAACUGGGCUCCUCUCAACAUCGGUGUCGGAUACAGCAACGGCGCUGCCUGGCUUUCCAUCUUCCAGAACGCGCCCACCACCUCUGCCUCUCUCGACUUCAGCGUGGAGAUCCAGGGCGAGAACAUGAGCGGCACAUGUCGCUAUUCCAACGGACAGUACUGCGGUGGUGCCAACUACGAUCAAUGCAGUUCCACAACAGGCUGCACUGUGUCUGUCAGCUCGGGCACAGCAACGUUCGUCUUCUCCAGUUAG